CUUCUCUUCUCCAGGUUCUCAACACAUUAUACCAGCCCUUGGAGUGUCUUUUGUCUCUUCAUUAACUUUAUUUUCCUCAAGACACAAUUCAGAUGGCUUCUCAGGUUACCCCCUCCAAGCAGGCUGCUUCCUCGCUGGAGAACCUCAAGAUGAGCGACUCCCCUGUAAAGAAGCUAGACUUCACAGCCGCGGGAAAAGAAAACGUGCCCGUUCCUACCCUCGACGCCACAGGCAAUGCUGCUGCCGAGAAGCCUGUUGAAGCCCCCAAGGUUGCUCCGACUAUCAAGGCCGCUGAGGCCGAUGAGCCUCUGCUUCAGGAGAACCCCCACCGCUUUGUCCUCUUUCCCAUCAAGUAUCAUGAGAUCUGGCAAAUGUACAAGAAGGCCGAGGCCUCCUUCUGGACAGCCGAGGAAAUCGACUUGUCCAAAGACCUUCACGACUGGCACAAUCGCCUGAACGAUGAUGAGCGCUACUUCAUCUCCCACGUCCUUGCUUUCUUCGCCGCUUCCGAUGGGAUCGUGAAUGAGAACCUUGUGGAACGUUUUAGUGGCGAGGUCCAGAUUCCGGAAGCGCGUUGCUUCUAUGGUUUCCAGAUCAUGAUCGAGAACAUCCACUCUGAGACCUACUCUCUUCUCAUCGACACCUACAUCAAGGAGCCUAAGCAGCGUACUUACCUGUUCGAUGCCAUUGACACCAUUCCCUGCAUCACGAAGAAGGCUCAUUGGGCCAUUCGCUGGAUCCAGGACCGCGAGUCCACCUUCGCUCAGCGUCUUGUUGCCUUUGCCGCUGUUGAAGGCAUCUUCUUCUCUGGAUCCUUUGCAUCUAUCUUCUGGUUGAAGAAGCGUGGCUUGAUGCCUGGUCUUACUUUCUCCAACGAGCUGAUUUCUCGCGAUGAAGGUCUUCACACGGACUUCGCUUGCCUGUUGUUCUCUCAUCUCAACAACCGCCCCAGCAAGCAGAUUGUGCAGGACAUCAUCACUGAAGCUGUCGCGAUCGAGAAGGAAUUCCUGACGGAUGCCCUCCCAGUUGCCCUUCUCGGCAUGAAUUCCAAUCUUAUGUGCCAGUAUAUUGAGUUUGUUGCUGAUAGACUCCUGGUUGCGCUUGGCAACAGCAAGUACUACAACUCCACCAACCCAUUCGACUUCAUGGACAACAUCUCCCUGGCUGGUAAAACCAACUUCUUCGAGAAGCGCGUUGGUGACUACCAGAAGGCUGGUGUCAUGGCCAGCACCAAGAAAGAUACCUCUGAGAGCAACGAUGGUGGGCUCAGCUUUGACGAGGAUUUCUAAGCUGUGAAUUCAUUUCCAAGCUUCUGUCAGCCUGAGCCGGAUGCUACCUGGCCAGCUUGCUUUCUACGUCUUUUUGUUCGAUUAUUCCCCUCUCGUCCGAGUCAAUGAGGUUAUGCAUAGAAAAUGGCGUUUGGUGGAUCUUUGCUUUUUGUCUGUCUUCGCUUGUUACCAUGGGCUGUCCUACAGGAAGUAUGUGGGUCGCGUCAAUUCCGUGUUUUAAUGUGGUCUGUUAUACUAGUUAGAAACAACUUGGAUACCUAUUUCAUGAACUAGUAUUGUGCGUCAUGCGUGCUGUGGACCAUCAGGAUAUACUAGGUACUAUGUAUUCUAGAUCUGCGGCACAGUGUGUUGCCUCGCUCGUAUACCCCAUUCAUUACUGUAAUACGGUACUUCUUCUGAAGCAUAGCAUUCUUUCUGCAUGUGGGCAAUGAGGGUAUACCUAUCCAAUAAAAGUUGGAAUUGAAAUUUUAUGUUUAACCGCCUUAGUCAAAGCAUAGUAGAUAGUAGAUACACGCAAUGGCCUUGCCAAUCCCUUCUCCCUUCAAAUUGACAUCCCUAGUAGUACCGGACGGAGGAAAAGGUGGUCGACAGUAAUAUUGAGAUUAUUUCUGAAGGUUCAGAAGUUAGUCUCGGAUGCCAUUUGGAAAUAUCAAGUGGAAGAAAUGAGGCUACGACAUACAGGGCAGUUGCACUGGCCUUGAGGGCACUGGCAAGAAGAGCCGCAUCCGCAACCGUGAGAGUCUAGUAGCACACAGUUCUGUUAGUAUGUCGAUGGAUAGAAGAUAGAAAUAACCUUUGCAAUUGUUUGAGGAAGCGAAUGUGGAAAGGACGUUGUGAUAUGGCUAAGUCAGAUGAAGCCCCGCCAUCAAAUAUCGUUUACCCCGCCAUCGAUCAAUGAUACAGAGGCUAAAAACGAGUAAUUAAAAUACUUACCCAUUGUAGAGAUAAAUAUAGAUGAAUAAUCACUUUCUGUUAUUGCUUGAUUGUUUGCAGGAGGGAUAGAGAGAUGUCUCGUAGCGUGGUUGAGUGAAAAUGAAGAAGUGUCGAUGGAGGGGCGGAAGCCGAUCUUUAUAGUGGAGGAAGGACUCGUGACCUCAUUAGAUUUUGGGCAUGUUUUUA